AUGGAGGAAAUAAAUAAAACCGCAAAGGUACAAUUCUUCUUUCGUCCAUUCUCAGCUGACCCUAAGGUCCAGGCGGUGAUUUUUGUGGCCUUCCUGGUGAUGUACCUGGCCAGCCUGGGUGGAAAUGCCCUCAUUGCAGUUACUGUUCAGAUCAAUCAUUCCCUCCACACUCCCAUGUACUUUUUCCUGGCUAACCUGGCAGCUCUGGAAAUCCUCUAUACAUCUUCCAUCGCCCCCCUGGCCUUGGCAAACCUUCUUUCAAUGGGCAGAACCCCCGUUUCUAUCGCUGGAUGUGGCGCCCAGAUGUUUUUCUUCGUCUUCCUGGGAGGGGCUGACUGCGUCCUGCUCGCGGUAAUGGCUUACGACCGGUUGAUAGCGAUCCGUUACCCUUUAGGAUACACCCUCCUCAUGAGCUGGCCCUUGUGUGUGGAGCUGAUGGUGGGGUCCCUGGUACUAGGGUUCUCGCUGUCGCUACCGCUGACCGUUUUAAUCUUCCGCCUCCCGUUCUGCAACAACAGUGAAAUCUACCACUUCUACUGCGACAUGCCCGCUGUCAUGCGCCUGGCUUGCGCAGACACGCGUGUUCAGCAGACGGCUCUGCAUGUCAUCAGCUUUAUCGUCCUAAGCAUCCCCCUCUCGAUGAUCUUCGUCUCCUAUGUCUUCAUCGUGGCGACAGUCUUACGGAUCCGGUCGGCGGAAGGGCGCCGCCGGGCCUGCUCCACGUGCUCCUCCCACCUCUCGGUGGUCCUACUGCAGUACGGCUGCACCAGCUUCAUAUACUUGUCCCCCAGGUCCAGCUACUCCCCUGCCACGGGCCGGGUGGCGUCUGUGGUCUACACCUUCAUCACUCCCAUCUUAAACCCCUUGAUCUAUAGUAUGAGGAACAAAGAACUGAAAAAUGCCCUCAGGAGGGCACUAAGCAGGAUCUAG